UUGCGACGGGCGGCUCUCUCACAUUGCAAAUUAGCGAAGAGCAAGCACCAUUCUCCAAACUCAUUGCUUUAAAAAACCAUAUUACAGGCUACGAUCAGGAAAUCAAGUACAAUAUUUCUGUAACAUGAAUCCCGUAAAAGGUGAAGAGAAUACAAUGGCUCCAACUUCCACAACUUUGUCAACUCCUGGAUCGUUGAUUGCAGGCAAUAAACGAUUGGAUUCUUUUAUUGAUUCGGAAAUCAAGAUCAGAACUGUAGAUAAUGAAGAGAUUUCAGGAAAACUGUUUACGGUAGAUCCUAUCACAAGCUGUCUUGCUCUAAAUUGCCAGAAAGUCUCUCUCAAUGGCCAGCCAUCGCAGAAAUACGGUUUUCGCAUCAUCAAAAUCUCUCAUAUCAAAGAACUAAUCUCUUUCGAACCCAAGAAGCCUAAUGAUCGGAAGAAGCCCGUAGAGCCUACCAAGGAUAGCAUCGAGACGGUAUACGCCCAAGCCAGCUCGGCUCCACGAAAGGUUUAUAUUGACCAAAUCAACCAAAGAGAAGCAGAGGCGAUUAAGUUGGCCAGCCAGCAAGCGGCGCGCAUCGGUGUCGGUGUCACGAAGGACGCCCAAGCGAUCUUUGAUGCCUUGAGUAAAACGCUGCCCUGCCGAUGGGCAAAGGAUUCCAUCGUGGUCAUGGAUGAGGUCAUCAUAUCGCCGCCUUACAAUGAAGAGAAUUGCAGGGCAAACGCCUCGUCAACGGCGUCCUUGACUCGGGUUAAAAAAGUGCUGGAAGGAGAGAAAAAGCGGUUGGGAGCCAUCUCGAAAUGAAGUGAAGAAAAGACUGUUCGGCUCCUUACAUCCAAGCAAAGACAAAGCAAACUUAAAACAGGAAAUCACAAAAAAAAAUUGGAAAAUAAAAUUGAUUUUUUUAAAUUAGUCAUUUGGCACUACCGAGUGAUCAAUGAAAAGACGAUGGACAUUGACA